AAACAGAAAAACCAACAGAAAUAAUUCUGAUCUGUUACGAGAUGGUACCAUUAAACUACUUAGUGGUGCUGGCCACCUUGGUGUGUGGAGUUUUGAGUGCUGUACACCAACCUCCACCAUUACCUCCACCACCUCCACGUGGAGCAAACCAUGGCAAAAUUGUUGUUUGCAAUUACGAAACGAAGUCACACUUUAGGGAAGGUCAAGGAAAAUUCGAUAUUUCCAACUUAGAACCAGCCCUACAGUACUGCACGCAUUUAAUCUAUGGGUAUGCUGCUAUUAAAGAAGAUACCCUUAAAUUGGUCCCACUUAAUGAACAAUUUGAUGUCAUUAAAGACAACUACAGAAAAGUAACUGACCUAAAAGUGAAAUUCCCCAAGUUGAAAGUACUGCUCUCCGUUGGUGGUAAUGAAGACGUUAGUGGAGAAGGUGCCGAGAAAAAUUUAAAAUAUCGACAAGUCUUGGAGUCUUCAGGCCAUCGUUUAGCUUUUAUUAACUCAGCCCACACGAUUAUUAAAGCUUACGGCUUUGAUGGUAUCGAUCUAGCUUGGGAGUUUCCGGAAACUAAGCCUAAGAAGAUUAAGAGUGGAUUUGGAAAAUUCUGGUCUUCUGUUAAAAAAACAUUCACCGGAGAAACUGUUCUGGAUGAAAAUGCACAAGAGCACAGAGAUCAGUUUACUGCACUAGUCCGGGAGCUGAAAAAUACCUUUAAACCUGAUAAUUUGCUUGUCUCUCUUACGGUUUUACCUAAUAUCAAUAGCACUGUUUAUUAUGAUCCUAGGGCUUUGGCCCCUAAUGUAGACUUUGUCACCUUACAUGCUUUCGACUUCUAUACACCCCAACGUAACCCCAAACUGGCCGACUUCCCAUCUCCACUCUAUGACUUGAUUGACAGGAGACCUGAUGAAAACGUGGAUGCUUGGGUUAAAUAUUGGCUAAGCAACGGAUUUCCACAAAACAAACUGGUCAUAGGUAUCCCAUCUUACGGAAGGACUUGGAAACUAGAAGACGGCGCCAAAGUAGAUACUGUUCCGCCAGAAGGUCUUGAUGGAGCUGGAUCUCCGGGCCCAUUGACAAAAGAUGCCGGCAUCUUGAGUUAUCCGGAAAUUUGCGUUAAGGUUCAAGGGGGAACCGGAAACGUAUCACCUCAGGGAUAUAGGAAGAUUCAGGAUUCUACUAACAGAAGAGGUUCAUAUGCUUACAAACUACCUGACGAAGAAAAGAAUGAAGAGGGAGUGUGGAUUGCAUACGAAGAUCCAGCUGCUGCAGCCAACAAAGCCACAUACGUAAGAAAUAAAGGUUUAGCAGGAAUUGCGGUUGAUGACCUAACCUUGGACGACUUUAAAGGAGUCUGCAGCAAUCACCAAUAUUCAAUUUUACGUGCAGCCGUAGCAGCUUUGUAAUUUUGUGAUUUUUAGCUUGUAUAUUUCAUUUUAAUGCCAAAAUAUUUAAGAGAAUAGAGUCUAUUUGAAUAUAUAUUAUUUCAGAAUCAAUAAAUGUCUAUAAGAAUCA